UCGUAGGUUAUAGAAGCUAAAGAUACACCCAACAGUAUACGUAUCGACAACCUAGAUCUUGCUCUGCAGGAUCUGUCUCCCUCUUCCACUCACAAUGUGUUGCGCGUGCUGUCCCUCGUUGACAUUUUUUGUCCGCUAAUGCUCCGAUUUUCAUCCGACAACGAUCUGAUUUAUCACGCCUAAGCAAUUAGGCAAAGAAGAUGCAAUGCACGUGGUUUUAAAUCGCGUGGCUGGAACCAAAGGUUCAAAGGAACAGUGCAUUGUAUUUGCCAAACAUAAAUAGACAAAAUUGUGUUAUUUAAUGCGCUCAUCCUCUCUUUAGAUUGCAUAGAGAACUGCGAGAUUUCUUCUUCAGCAGUGCUGUUUAGUUCAGAAAUUACAAAAUUCUCCAAGUCCCAUUUCAGCAAACUGAGACACACAGAAGCUUGCCAAGCCAAACCCAAGAAAGCUUCUUGCUUUGCUUUGCUUUGUUUUCUUUUCAGAAGACAGAAGGUUAAGGCCUUUGAUUCAAGUCAGGGAAAAAAAGGGAAAUGUUUGCCGCAGAGAAUGGACUCAAGGGAGACCCCAGGCUACAAGGCAUCUCCGAAGCUAUUCGGGUGGUGCCUGGCUUUCCCAAGCCAGGGAUAAUGUUUCAAGACAUAACACCUUUGUUUCUGGAUCACAAGGUUUUUAAGGACACCGUAGACAUAUUUGUUGAUCGCUACAGAGAUAUGGGCAUUUCUGUUGUUGCUGGAGUUGAAGCAAGAGGGUUCAUGUUUGGCCCAUCAAUUGCCUUAGCCAUUGGUGCAAAGUUUGUUCCUUUAAGAAAACCAGGAAAGCUGCCAGCUUCAGUGAUCUCUGAACAGUACGUGCUGGAAUAUGGAACCGACUGUCUAGAAAUGCACGUUGGUGCUGUUCAGCCCGGGGAACGUGCCUUGGUAAUUGAUGAUUUGAUAGCUACAGGCGGGACCCUGUCAGCUGCAAUAAGACUCCUGGAACGCAUGGGAGCUGAAGUAGUUGAAUGUGCUUGUGUUAUCGGGUUGCCUGAGGUCAAGGGGCAGUGUAGGCUCAGGGGAAAGCCACUUUAUAUUCUUGUGGAGCCACGCGACAUAGAUUGUUGUCAAGGCAUGUGAGUGUGAAUAUGCUUGGGCUGACUUGCAGAAAGAGAUGAUGCUUGAGCAUGGGUCGUGAUGUGCAACUAUCGUAUGUUGUCCUUGUCUUUUCCAAAAAUGAGAUAUGUCAAGAUUUGGGCCGUUGUUGCUUAUCACGUGAUGUUGAAAGGUUCUUUUCUCCUAAAGCUGGAAGCUGUUUUUGACUUUGUACCUUAAAAAACAAAAAAAAAAAACUAAUUCCAAUUUCUAAGUUGUCUUA